AUGCGCUUCAUGCCCGAGCUCCCUCUAGAGAUGCCAGAUGCAGGAGCCCUGGCUGAGGGGGGAAAUCUGACUGCGUGGAUGACAAGGGCGGGGUGGGGGAAUGCGUUUCUCAAAGUGGGAACGAUAUCCGUAAUCUUACAAUUUGAGCCCGCCGGGUUUAAGGAUUUAAUCUGCACUCUGCAGCCCUGUCAAAGGGCGGGACCAGCAUCAUGUCGUUUCUCGGAAGAAAAACUCUCACACCCCCGCAAGUCUCGUCAAUCCGAGUCAGUACACUCCCAAGCUGUCUCACGAUCGCUUUUGAGUUUGUGGCCUUUGGUACAGACGCUGAUUUAUACCCGGUACCCCAAAAAUGCUUCCAGACCAAAUAAUGCUUUUAUGAUUACUGAUAUCCCAGAAUCCAAACUCGGAAACCAGUAUCUAGCGCGAUGGAAGCGUGCAUCCGACAUGUGCACAAUGCAGAACCUCAGCUCCAAGAUCGUCCACCGAAAGAGAAAUCAGAUCAUUGCCACAAAGAGCUACGCAACCCUUGGGGACCCCACUGCGUGGACAAGGAGCGGAGAAACUCAGCAAUUUAAGGUAGCGUAUGCAGAAAUCAUGCGAUUUGCGGGUGUCAUGAAAACGCUGGCCUUUUCACAUGCCGUCCAACUGUAUUUACAGUUCAUCGUUGAUAGGAAACAGUUGACUUUCGAACUCUCCAGCGCGCCUUGCAUUCGUCAAAGUCCCAUUGGAACCUUAGAAAUGGUCGCAGUUUAUUCCUCGUAUGAAGUUGCAGCUUCGAUUCGAUCGGAUUUCUAUUCCAGGGAAACUACUAGGCCGGUGUUUGGAAAAUUAGGAUGCCCACUGACAUCUAUCUCAGGAAAUCAGGCCACUAUUGAGAAAUCCACAAUGCCCUUUGGCAUAGACACAGGACAAUCGAACAAAAAUGUUAGGGACCCAAAAUAG